AUGCAAUUUGAAUUUGAUACUCUUAUUAGAAAUAAGACGUGUAAUUUAGUUCCUCGUCCUGGUGAUGCUAAUACUAUUCGAUAUAUGUGGAUUUUUAGGCAUAAGAAAAAAAUUGACACCUCCUUUAAGAGUUAUAAGGCUCGUAUUGCAGACGACAUCAUUCUUAUCACCUUUACUCAUGCCCUUCGCAAAUCAAUUAUGUCACUCUUAACAUUUGAGUUUGCGAUGAAGGAUUUGGGUCCCUUGAGUUAUUUUUUGGGUAUUGUUAUAUAUCGUCAUCCUAGUGGUCUCUUUCUCAGUCAUAGCACUUAUGCCUCAGAGAUCAUCGAACAUGCUGGCAUGGCGUCCUGCAAACCAUCUGCCACUCUUGUUGACACCAAGCAAAAACUUAGCACCUCUUCUGGCACGCCUUAUGAAGACCAUUCUCUAUAUCAGAGUCUUGCAAAGGCUUUGCAGUAUCUCCCAUUCACUCUACCUUUCCGUAGUCCUCUAGUCAGAAAUAAAUUUGGCAGUCGUCUCCCAUUCUACAGAAUAUACAUAGAGGAACUAGUUACACAAUGCAUCAUCAACUUUGUAGUAAUGAGAGGAAAGGAAUCUCAUUUUGCUUCAAACAAAAUUCCAAUAAAUCCUAAUUAA